AUGUCUUCAUUUGAAGAACUACUCAAGAUUACCGGAAAUGAUCCACUUUCUUGGCUUUGGGCUGAUUUGGUAGAAACCAACUACCAAGAUACAGAAAAUCAGAUUGACGGGUUUAUGGUAUCAUAUAAUAAGUACUUAGAAGAGAUAAAAAAGAAUUAUGACGAAAAUUUAGAUAUCUACGAUCAAUUCUCUUCUCCAAUUGAGUCACUAAGCAGUGAGCUAAGUUGUGAAAGGAUGCCAAACAGCCUAGAAAAAAACUACACGAAAUUAUUAGAUAACUUAACAACAAAGAGGAUGAAGAUUAAUGAGGUUAUGACAUUUGUUGUAGAUUAUUCUGAUCUUCAUUCAGUGCAAAUGAUAGAACUACUUAUACAAAAAUUCCCAAAUUCGACCUUUGAAAUGAAGCUUUCAAUUUUGUAUUGUAUUUCUGAUAUACUAUACAAUUCCCGUUCUUCAAAAACAGGAGCUUGGAAACUUAGAAAUUGUAUUAUGAACAUGUUUCCAUAUCUAAUUUCGCAUAUAUCAUUUCAAAGCAACCGAGGAAACAGCUCUUAUAUGGAUCUUAUUGAUAAAACGAAAAGUAUAAUUGAUAUUUGGGUAGAUUGGAAAAUAUUCCCUUUGGAAUAUAUCAAAGGUUUGAACUCAACUCUGUACUUUGAUAAAAUGCUAGAAGAGAUGAAGAGCGAUAAAAAGACUAUAUUAACUAGUAACUUUAACGAUGAAGUUUCGAAUGGUACAUUGCUUGAUAAAGAUAUCAUUUCAAUUCUAUCAAUCUGGCCAAUUAAAACAAGACCCAUAGUCUGGAAGGUUUGGAAGGAAAUGAAUGAUCUUCUCAUAAAUAAGAGUUUACAUGAACCGAAACUCAGACAAGACUGGAUCAUAAAUUAUGGAAUAGUUAUUGCUCCUUUAAAACUAUUUGGACUGACUAAUUUUCUACAUAGAAUUUCAAACUUUUAUAUUUACAAUAAUUGA